UAGUUGCGGCAAGAGGGGGCUACUCUUCAUUGCAGUGCGCAGGCUUCUUAUUGCAGCGGCUUCUCUUGUUGCGGAGCACGGGCUCUAGGUGCGCAGGCUUCAGUAGUUGUGGCAUGCAGGCUCAGUAGUUGUGACGCACAGGCUUAGUUGCUCUGCAGCAUGUGGGAUCUUUCUGGACCAGGGAUUGAACCCAUGUCCCUACAUUGGCAGGCGGAUUCUUAGCCACUGCGCCACCAGGGAAGUCCCUCUUCUUUUUCUUUUGAAGGAGGUCCCCUCACCAUGUGGCUGUACCUGGCGGUGCUCGUGGGCCUGUACUACCUCCUGCGCUGGUACCGGGAGAGGCAGGUGGUGAGCCACCUCCAGGACAAGUUCGUCUUCAUCACGGGCUGUGACUCGGGCUUUGGGAACCUGCUGGCCAGGCAGCUGCACCUGCGAGGCUUGAGGGUUCUGGCUGCGUGUCUGACGGAGCAGGGGGCCGAGCAGCUGAAGAAUCAGACGUCAGACAGGCUGGAGACAGUGAUCCUGGACGUCACCAAGACUGAGAGCAUCGCUGCGGCCACCAAGUGGGUGAAGGAGCGUGUGGGGGACAGAGGGCUCUGGGGUCUGGUCAACAACGCAGGCACUUUUCACGCACAUGGCUACAUUGAGUGGCUGAAGAUUGAGGCCUGUAUGAAUACCCUCAAAGUGAACCUCAUUGGUUUGAUAGAGGUGACUUUGAGCAUGCUUCCCUUGGUAAGGAGGGCACAGGGGAGGAUUGUCAACGUCUCCAGCAUUCUGGGAAGAAUUGCUUUCUUUGGAGGAGUCUACUCUUCCACCAAGUAUGGAGUGGAAGCCUUUUCAGAUAUUCUGAGGCGUGAGCUUCAACAUUUUGGGGUGAAAAUCAGCAUAGUUGAACCUGGCUACUUCAGAACAGGAAUGACAGAUAUGCAGAAGUCCUCAGAUGCAGUGAAACAAGUCUGGAAAGAAGUCCCUGUGCACAUUAAGGAGUCCUAUGGACAGAAGUUUUUUGAUACUUAUCACGAUCUCCUGAAACAAGAGUUGUUGAGUUGUAGCAGAAACCUGAACCUGGUUACUGACUGUAUGGAACAUGCCCUGACAUCUGUGCAUCCCCGCACUCGAUACUCAGCUGGCUGGGAUGCUCAAUUUUUCUUCAUCCCUCUAUCUUAUUUACCUACAUCACUGGCAGACUACAUAUUGACUAGAUCUUGGCCCAAACCAGCCCAGGCAGUCUAAAGAAAACUGGUUGGUGGCUCUUGAAAUGAAGAAGACAAAAAUCUGAAAUUGAUUGUUAGUGUUCCAAUAAUUUUAAUGUAUCAUCUAUACUUUUUGUAACAAUAAGCUUUUUUGCCUAAACUCAUUUAUCUGGCACCAUCAGAGAACCAAUAGGUUUUUAUUCCAGAUAUCCAAAGCUUACUCCUUUAGGUGAUGAAUCUUUACUAUUUUAACCAUUUGUUGUUGACACUAUUUCCAAAAUGCAUUACUCUUCCUUGCCCUAUUAAACAGAGUAGACCGGAAACAAUUUAGCUUGUUUUGAUAUUAUUUUUUAAUGUAAAUGAAUAGUUGUUCUGUGCUGUGAUAAACUAUUGCUCAGGGA